AUGACUUGGCUACAGGCUUUCAGUACUCUUUGCUUGGUGGCAGCACCGUUCGCUGGCGCAGCAACUGCUGCUCCCACAGCCUCGACACUGAACGGCACUUACCGGGGCAUCAAGCUUCCCGACCUUUCCCAGGAUGUCUUCUGGGGCGUUCCGUUCGCACAAUCAAGGCGCUUCGAGCAGGCAGCUCCACUCAACUCGACCUGGAGCCAUGCUCGCGACGCUACUACGCCUGGGAUAACAUGCUCCGGCUACGGUACCAACCCCCGUGAAGGCUGGGAAAUUGGUGAAGACUGUCUCAACUUAAACGUCGUACGCCCUCAAGGCGCACAUCCCGGCCAAGAUCUACCAGUACUACUUUGGAUGUACGGCGGCGGGUAUCGUCAGGGGAGCAACCGGGACCCAGAGUUCAAUACGAGCUUCAUGGUGCAGACGUCGAUGGAGAUUGACCAGCCGAUCAUCGUUGUGAGCAUCAACUAUCGCCUGUCUGCAUUUGGCUUCCUUGCUUCCGAGGAGGUGGCCGGUAAUGGCGCAAUGAACAUUGGGCUACAGGACCAGCGGCAAGCUCUGAGAUGGAUUCAAGAGAACAUCCAUGGGUUUGGCGGCGAUCCAGGGCAGGUGUAA